AUGAUUUACGAUAUGUGGAGUAUGGGCCAAUGGGCGGAAUCUACACACGGAGUGCCGAUUCCUCGGCCACAGACUGCAUUAGGUCUUGCUCAGUGGCGCGAAGCCACCGGCGAAACACUGCCGGAAGGCGUGCCGGCCAGCGAGUUGGUGACGAGAUCCACGCGGAGCUGCCCCCUCUGCCGCGGCAGCCAAAGCUCAACAGCCGAGGAUGCCGACAAGUUGCAGGUGCUGCAGGAAGCCCUUGCCGCUACAAAGGUGAGCUACUGGGCCUGCUCAGACCGAGUGGUACCAGAGCGGACGUGGCUGCCCGGGCCAGCUCUGCGCGUGCCUCGAGUCCUGGCCGCGGCCGGCCCCCGGGAAUUUUCCGAGGCGCCAGCAUCGCCGGAAAGUGAACGCGAAGCUGACCCAACUGCGGCACAGGCAGAUCCGGAGGAGAUUCUGCUUCAGCUGGAGGAAGCUGGAGUUUUCGAGGGGCAAGAGGAGGUAUUACUUCAGCUUCGGAAAUUGGCCAAGCAAGGAGUUCAUCCCCUCGAUGCGCUCGCCGGAAACGCAGUGCCGGAGGAGGAGCCAGAGGAACCCGUCCUCGAUUCCUUCGAUGUGGCAGGAAUCGCAAAGUAUCUGAAAGACCACGAGUGCAAGGAC